AGUGUGUUUGCGCACACCAGAGAGAGGCUCUCGGGCUGGAUCCACGGACGCGGGGACGCAUCGACCGAGGGACCGAGGGAAGGAGCCGCCGACCCCCGCCGACCCCCGCAGCAUGGCCCGCCGCGGGCCGCUCUGGAUCCCGCUGCUGCUGGCGCUCUCCGCCUGCCGUUUGCCAGCUGUUGUCCAGUCUUUCAGCCACCUGAAAUCCAACCUGUGUAAGUGGUGCGAGGUGUCCAGUCCAGCGUGCAAAGACAGCAUCUGUUUCAGCAACUGCAACCUGUCCUCUUUCUGCAACGUCAUCGAUGAGAUCUGCAUCGCCAUAUGGAGGAAGACCAAUGAAACAAUGACUGUGCGCACAAUGUGUCACAAUCCAAGUCUGCCGCUGAACGGCGUCGACCCCAACCUGCUGCAGAACUUCACCUCCACCAAGUGUCACAUGGUCCCUCAGCCAACCGAGGACGGAGCCAUGAUGGUCUGCGGCUGCCAGAGCGAACACGAAUGUAAUGACAAACUCAUCUUUGACAAGGGAGCCAACGGGUUCUCCAGGCUGCAAAGUAAGGAUGUAAUCCCAGUGGUGGUCGUCAGCUUGGUGCCUCUAAUCUUGGUGGCCAUAGUCGCUGCCGUUGCCUUUUACUUCUACCGCAUGCGGCGCCCGGACAAACCAGGCCCUCCAGCGCGCCCUGACUGGCCCACUAGACGAACCCCGGAGUUCUACCAGGCUUUGGACCUGCCAUGUGGGGGACUAGGAGCACGAGGUGGAGGUGGGCAGGAGGAGUCUAAUACCAAGGUCCCACCUCUGAACAAUGACGACAUUAGUGAUAAAGACUGGCCAAAUCAACAGAGUGAGCUGCUGCCCAUCAAGCUGGAGAUGCUGGUGGGAAAGGGGCGCUUUGCUGAGGUGUGGAAGGGGCUCCUGCUGCAGGGCGAGAAGGGCGGCGUUGACAGCUAUGAGACUGUGGCGGUGAAGGUGUUCCCAGCCGUGGAGUACGUUUCAUGGAGAAACGAGUGCUCCAUUCUCUCUGACCCCACGUUGCUCCACGACAACGUUGUUCAGUUCCUGGCAGCGGAGGAAAGGGGCCCGUCUAGCCACGCGCUCCGGACCUACUGGCUGGUUCUGGCCUAUCACAGCCUGGGGAAUCUGCAGGACUUCCUCACAGCCAACAUACUGAACUGGGAGGAACUUACCGCCAUGGCAGGAAGCAUUGCUAAAGGAUUAGCUCAUCUCCACAGUGACACAACCCUGCAUGGGCUACCAAAGGUGCCAGUUGCCCAUCGGGACCUAAAGAGCAGUAACAUCGUUGUAAAGAACAGGAAAGAAUCGGCGCUGUGUGACUUCGGUCUGGCGUUAAGACUGGAUCUCUCCCUUACUGUGGAUGAUUAUGCCAACAGUGGCCAGGUGGGAACGGCUCGGUACAUGGCUCCUGAGGUUCUGGAGUCCAGGGUGAACCUGGAAGACCUGGAGGCCUUUAAACAGAUGGAUGUUUACUCCAUGGCUCUGGUUCUGUGGGAGAUGGCCUCCCGCUGUGAUGCCAUUGGAGAGGUGAAGGGCUAUGAGCCAGCUUUUGGUUCCAAAGUUUGUGAGCAACCCUGUGUGGACAGCAUGAGAGACCUGGUGCUGAGGGACAGAGGACGGCCAGAAAUCCCCUCAGCGUGGACGCAGCACCAGGGCAUGAACGUUUACUGUUCCACCAUCACUGAGUGCUGGGAUCAUGACCCCGAGGCCAGGCUGACGGCCCACUGCGUGGUGGAGCGCUUCAACGCCCUGCAGCAGGCCGAGGAGGAGGAGGAGGAGGAGCAGCGGGGAGGAGAGGAGGGUGAGGAGGAGGGAGGAAGGCAGGACCAAGAACAGGAGAAAUAACUUGAGGUGAUGACGAAAGAGAUAAGGAGAUAUGCUGGAGACUCAAGAUAAUUCUGGAGUUGCUUUUUUACCCCUGCCUCUCUCCUCCUCCUCACCCCAUCCAAUCCCAGAGGGAGAGGCUACAGAAAUAUCCCAUGGUUCACUUCUUCAGUCCAGUUCCCAGUCUCUCUGCCUUUUUUCAUCCUGUUGCUGGCUGUGUUCACACUCUCUGAGUAAACUUUUACAUUUCAAAUAGAAGUUCUUGAACAGUUAUUUAUAUGUGGAGGCGAAUGAGUGAGUAAAAGAGCCACAUAAUCUUUGACUGAUAAAGGAGUCGGGGCAUCCAGUCAUGCUGGACGAUGUUACAGGCAGCAUAACAUUGUCCAAGGCUCCUCCAGUCUUUCACACCGGUCACAUGUGCUCAGGGUGAACCUUCUCUCAUCUGUGAAAAGUCCAGGGCAGACAGACCUGCCAGUCCUGAAGUUCUGUGGAAGAUGCUGAUCAAACUCCACAGUGCCGGGCAGUGAGCACAGGGACAACUACAGGACGUUUAAACGACAUGGGAUCUGUUUCUGGUUCUGUGGUCAGAGACGGUCACAGCAGGGCUCAUCCCGUUCAUUUUCCCACAGAGCAGCAGAUACCAGUCCUCCUGAUGGGGCUGGAACUCUCUACAGCCCUGUCCAGCUCUGCCUGACUCCUGGAAUCUCCCCCAUUGCUUUUUCAAUCUGUGCUGGGAGACAUAGCAGGCCUGCUGGCACGGAUGGAUGUGCCAUCCUGGAGGAUUUGGACUGCCUGCUCUACCUGUGUAGGUUCCAGGAAUCGCCUCAUGCUUGCAGUCGUGGCACUGCCCAACGCAAAGUGCAAAGCUCGUGAAAAACAGGCAAAAAAGAGGAGGAGGCAAAAAAAAAUGGGGGUCGUCUCAUUGUUGCCCCUCUAUUGCAACUAAGCAGCUGUAACUGAUUAAAAACUCCCUCUGCCACUUAACAGACCAGAUCAAUAUCCCAGAUGUUUGGACUCAAUGCGAUACUUUGAUUACAAAGUGUUCCUUUAUUUUUUGAGAAAUAUGUAUGUUAAAAUAGUAUUGAAGUAUUCUGUUUUGGGCAUUCAUUUGAGCCUUUUUUGUCGAGGAAAUGCCAGAGUAUCAGUUUUGAAGGAGAUAAAGUGUAAUCAGUAUGAAACAAUGUUAAAUACUCAGAUAAAAAGAACCCGGAAACUACAAUGAGGACGUGUCCAGAAGAGACUGGACACUGGAGUCCCUGAGAGAGACUGAUGAAAAACAGCCCAACUCCAGGAUUUUACACCAAAAUGAAUGAAUUAACAAUCUUUAAGCAAACUGGCACAUGCAAAUACAUCCCUAAAUGUCUUUCACACGGCAACUGGAUUCUUGUGAUUUGCAGUUGUGGAUGAAUCCAUCUGGCCAGGAUUUAGGAAGUUUUGUCUUUGGCUAAAACCUGACAGCCUGUUCCCGUCAGUGUCUGAUACCGGGGGUGAUGGGUUGGCACUGUUUUGGGGCAGAACCUAAUGAUUAAAACCCCCUCAUGGAUGAUUGCCAUGGAGAUUCCCUGGACGGCUUCUCCAUGGGUGCUGCAGUCUAAUAGCACAAAUGUACAUGCCAAUUUGACUUUACUUAAAUUUGAUUUCCCCUUAAUGCAGUCUAUGUAUUUUGUGUAUGUGGUGUCUUUGUCUUUCAAGUCCUUUAUAACCUCUGCAAAAGCUUUUUGUUGAAACUUCAGAGGAUGAGUAAUAAACGUUUUACAAUCUGAGAUUCCAGGAUUGUUAAAGAUGCUACAAUUCAUCCUGGAUGGAAAAUGAGUACCUGAACCUCAAGUGGGUGUAAAACUAAAGGCUUGGGCAUUUCUGAAUCCGACUGGAACAGCUGAAUUUGAUUGCAAUUUCAGCCCAAAUCAUUUCUGCUAUUUCUUUUUUAAAUGCAAACUAUAUAUGGUUUGCGUUGGAAGGAUUUCGUCCCGCAAAGACAAUAACUGACGCAAAUCUAAGGAAGCGUUAUCAUGCUGGUCGCUGAGCAGAAAGACAUUAUGAUUAUUAAUAGAUCUUAUGAUCUCUCUUUGCUAUAUCCUGGAUUUCUAACGGACAGAGAGGACAGAAAUAAACCAAAGACUGACUUUUGUCCCACACAGCAAGUUAGCAGUGAAGAGCUGUGACUCCUGAAACUGUCAGAGAUCUGCUGGCAGACAUGCACAGGAAAACUACCGGUAUUUGUUGUGUGAAAAGGAUUCAUUUGCUGGAGCUGGUCUCCAUUUUGUUGUGAUGUCAUUCUUUAAAUAUCAUUACUAUCAUACACGUGUAUAAAUAUACAGGAGUGAAAACUGUUUUCUAUCUUUUAGACCUGUGUAAAAAUCAAACAGUGCACACGGUGAAUUAACGGUGGCUUUUCCACGUUCAGGCCCAGAAUCACUGUUAGGAACUUAGAUAUUAAUUCGACAUAAUUACCUGAGACAUUUUGUUAUUUCCAAGAGUAAACAUGGAAAGGAAAGUAAUCCAAAUUCCAGUUUCUAAAUGACUGAAUAUAAACACUGAAAGGAUCCAGGGACUAACUAUAUAAAUGUAGAAAACCACUAAGAAGUGGAAAAACAGUAUCUGCAGCUUGUGUACUUUGUUUGACAAUAAAGUUUGUUCUGU